AUGGCCACCCCACCAGUCCUCCUAAUCCUCGGUGCAGGCUCCAACAUCGGCGCCGCAACCGCCCGCACCUUCCUCGCCGCCGGCUACCGCGUCGCCCUGGCCUCCCGCACAAACAAGUCCCCCGUGCCGGAUACAAUCCACAUCCCCGUCGACCUCACGCGCCCCGAAACGCUCGAGUCUGUCUUCGAGUCCACCGCUUCCCAACUCGGUGCCUGGCCCUCGGUCGUCGUCUACAACGCCGGGAUCGCGCUCUUCGAGAACAAGGUCGACCCGUUAGCCUCAGAGAGUCUGACGGAUAUUGCGAAGCUGAAGGAUGUGUACAACGGGAUGACGAUCUCUCCAGCCGUCACCGCACAACUUGCGAAUCGCGGGUUUAAGACGCUGGGCGCGGACAGCAGCAAGACUGUCAUCUUCACGGGGAAUAUUAUGAAUCAUGGUGUGAUGCCGGGGAUGGCGAAUAUGACGGCGAGCCGAACAGCUCUCGCGAGCCUGGUCCGCAACUGGGCGGAAGUCGGGGACUACGCUAAAGAUGGGAUUUCAUUCUACUACGCAGACGAGCGUCAGGCCUCUGGUCGGCCCGUCUACGGUGACCUAUCUGGCGAAGGCGCCGCGAAGGAGUACCUUGCGCUGUCUCGACGCAAGGACCAGGGUCCGUGGGACUAUACUUUUGUCAGUGGUGAAGGGUAUGUCAUUCCCUGGAUAAUCCGGAUGUAUGAUGAGGAGUAG